AAAGGAAAAUCAUACAUAAAUAACACUGUAGUAUCGAUUCUACCAGAACGUCAAUGUCUUUUACUUCCACCCCGGUCACGCAAGGACAAACAUGUGCGUUCCUUCUUUUCCCGCCCUACUACCGCCAAACGCGCAACCUCGUGGCAUUUGCUGUUGAUUUCGUUGUUGCUAUAGCAAUGAAAAGCUGCACCUUUCGGAAUUUUCUCCAUCCAGUAUGCCGUUGUUUGGAGUCUUCCGUCAAGGUGGAAAUUUUCGUUCAAAACUUCGACCCGAGUGGGUGAAAAAUUCUUGUGUUCCGAUCAAAUUUCAUUUCCAACACCGAAAAAUUCCCUGCAAAAAUGUCAUCGUUGGAGCAAAAGCGAGAAAUCUUCCGCAAGUAUCUGGAAUCGGCAGGAGCCAUCGAUUGCCUCUCGAAAGCCCUGAUCAAGCUCUACCAGGAGGAAAAGAAACCGGAAGAUGCGUGCAAAUUCAUUCGACAGACCAUGUGCGAAGCGUGUCCCACCGACGAAGAGGUGGCUCAGAUGGUUCAAGACCUAGCAGAUGCUAAGCAGGAAAUUUGCUGCCUAAAAAAAGAAAUUAUUUCGUUCAAAGGAGAAAUCCGGAGAAGUUCCAGUGAGGUGGCGCUAGCACUCGAGGAAGGCUUCCAGAAGCUGGAAGAAAACGUGGACUGCGAGUCGUCCCUGAAGAGACAUCUCACGAAAGAAGUUUUCGAUGAACUGAAGGACAAAAAGACCGCGCUCAAGUCGACACUGUUGGACUGCAUUCAAUCCGGCCUGGAGAACCACGAUUCAGGAUUGGGAAUCUACGCGUCGGAUGCCGAGUGCUACGAUCUGUUUGCUCCUUUGUUUAAUCCGAUAAUUGAUGAGUACCACGGGAUCAAUUCGGCGGAAGUAUUCCACCCGGAGAGCGACUGGGGUGAUUCCGGUAACUUCGAAAACCUGGAUCCGGAGAACGAAUUCAUCGUUUCCACCCGGGUGCGCUGUGGACGAUCGAUCGCAGGGUUCCCGUUCAAUCCUUGCCUAAAGAUGGCCCAGUACGAGGAGAUUAUGGAGCGUGUCAAGGCGGUGCUGGAGGGAUUGGAAUGGGAGGAUUUGCGGGGAGAAUUCCACCCGCUGGAAACCAUGUGCGAGGAGCUGAAGCAACAGCUGAUCGACGAUCACUAUCUGUUUAAGGAGGACGAUCGGUUCCUGCAGACGGCCAAUGCCUGCCGGUUCUGGCCGGUAGGGCGGGCCAUUUUCUACAACGAAGCGAAAACCUUCAUCGUUUGGGUCAACGAGGAGGACCACUUGAGGAUUAUUUCCAUGGAAAAGGGCGGAGAUUUGGGUGCCGUCUAUCAACGCUUGGUCAAUGCUGUGGCUGCCAUCGGCAAGGACAUAGCUUUUUCGCGUAGUGAUCGUUUCGGUUACCUUACCUUCUGUCCGUCGAACCUGGGAACGACCAUCCGAGCUUCGGUUCACGUCAAACUGCCGAAGCUCGGUGCGAACCGAGCCAAACUGGACGAAGAAGCCGCCAAGUACAACCUGCAGGUUCGUGGCACCCGCGGAGAACACACCGAACCCGAGGGAGGUGUGUUCAACAUCUCCAACAAACAUCGGUUGGGUAUGACGGAAUUUGAAGCGGUCAGCGUGAUGUACAACGGGAUCCGACAGUUGAUUGACCUUGAAAAGUCCAUAGAACCGGGUGAAGCAACGGCAUCAACCGAUGAACCGAUUCUCGUGGAAGAUGACGCCGAACCAGCCGCAGCUGGCGAAGAGUGAUGAAACUAACUCCAACUAAAUUAGUAAGUGCCAUACGCAAAUGACAAUGACUCAUGUAGUUGAUCCUUUUUACCACGUUAGACAAUACAGACAAAAUGUUUCAAAACAAAACGGCAAUCUGAAGCCUAUAUGCGCUGAAAGCAAAAGCAAUCAUUCGUUUUCGUUUUUCCCUUCGGUGAACCCCGAUAAUCAAUCAAACCGGAAUUGCGGUUCACGCCACUAACGCUGUAGCAAAAUAUACUCACACGUAAAUGUCGGGAGGAGACAUUGAAAAUUGAUUAUAAUUGAGUUUAAUUGAACUGAACAGAAGCG